UUUCAUUUGUGAGACCCGAGAGACCCAAUUCAUUCCCUUCAAUUCUUUCUCCUUUUUCCUCAUCAUUCUCUCUCUGAUCUCUUUCUCCCACCAGACCCGUCGAAGCUUCGAACACGCGGGCCCAAGCCCUCACACGACACCAGAGGCGAACGACGACACCGGAUUGUUCUUCUUUCCAUCGCUUUAUUAUUAUUGUGUGCUUUUGGAUUGUUCUUCUUUCACCACUGCUUUUAGUUUUGCUUUGCCUUUUAGGGUUUUUGUGUUUCGUCACCUCUGUAAUUCACCUCCUCUCUUCUUUCUUACCACGUUGAGAUUGCAUUUCGCGGCUUUUCAUGUUCCGGUGCUUCGUUUGUUUUGUUGGAAUUCGUACAUGUAUGCCUUUGAUUUCAUUAUUUUUUCUACAGUUUGAGCUUUCAAUUCUUUUCCUGUUUGGUUGUCGAGAAAAUUGAAGAGAAUUAUUUGGUGAUUGUGUGUGUGAGAAUUGUAGAAUUAACAACUCAUUUGAGCUAAAUGAGAUUUUGUUUCAUGUUUUGAGUCAGUUUAUAUAUGUGAAAUGGAGUUGUAUGCAUACUGUUACAUUUUUCUUUCUUUCUUUCUCCCCCCUUUCGUUUUGUUUUCUUGGUAACCAAACGGAAAAUAGUUGUGGUCUGUCUCUCGUGUAAGUUUUAGAGACUUUAUAGAACUGUUUACCUGGGUCCAUUGAUCGAUCAUGAAUAUAACGCACGUGGUGUGGUUACUAGCUUUGUUCUAAAACUUGUUGUUUGUAAAAUUGAAAGUAGCAUAUUACUGGGGUCUGGCUAGAUAUUCAUAUUUUCUAGUUAAGAUGAAGGGUUGCUAGAAUAUUUUCAUGUUUUGAUCUUUUGGGCAUUGCCUUUUAACUUGCUAGUAUUGUACUUUUGACAGUGGUAUUUCUUCUAUGCAGAAGUAUUUAGUGUAACAACAUUAGUUGGUUUCAGAGUUUUGACUGAUAGUGCUACUCUUGUUCAUGGAUAUAUGUGAAUAAAGUAUGUUUAGAAGCAUGGAUGAUGGUGUGGGGGAGGAGGUUACCCCACUGGAUGCAGUUGAACGUGAACACCUUCAAGGCAAAGAGAACGAGUUUUUUCUGAAACCCACAGGAGAAAUGUUGAAUUCACAGGAGAUGCUACUGCCAGGUGAGGGUGACUAUGCAAGGAGCUCGCAUCAGGAAUUUGAAGAAAUGUUAGAUGGUAAACAUGUACAGAGUUUAAACCGUGUUAUGCUACUGCCAGGUCACGACGUUACUUGGUCAUUUUGAUUCGGAUAGCACACUUGCCACAGCUAUGUCGGAUUUGCGCCAUAGGAUCCUUCCUCCAAAUUUUCUUUUGGAAAAUCCCAAGGAAGCUAGAUUCUGUCUAUGGCUACUUCAUCCCGAACCAUCAUCGCGCCCAACAACAAGGGAAAUCCUGCAAUCUGAAGUAGUUAAUGGAUUACAGGAAGCAUGUCCAGAGGAGUUGUCUUUAGCCAUUGACCAGGAUGAUGGUGAGUCAGAAUUACUAUUGCAUUUCCUCGAGUCAUUAAAAGAACAGAAGCAGAAGGAUGCCUCUAAGUUAGUGGAAGACAUACAGUGUUUUGAAGGAGAUAUUGAAGAAAUCGAGAGAAGACACCCUUCCAAACACUUGGCUCAUGAUGACUCCUCUGUGCAUGGAAAGCAAAAUGUAUCUGUUCACAGAGAGCCUUCUAGUUCAGAUAAGCUCUCCCAAUUGUCCCCUGUUUCUAACACAAGUGAAUCAAGAUUGAUGAAAAAUAUGAGUCAGCUUGAAAAUGCAUACUUCUCUAUGAGGUCCAAUAUUCAACUUCCUGAGACUGAUGUAGUAGUGCGCCAAGAUAACGAGUUAUUGAAAAAUCGUGAUAGUUGGUAUUUGGCUCAAAAAGAUGAAGAGAAACAGAAUUCAAGUGACUGCCUGGGAGCCUUUUUUGAUGGCUUGUGCAAGUAUGCCCGUUACAGUAAAUUUGAAGUGCGCAGAGUCGUAAGAAAUGGGGAAUUUAGUAAUUCUUCAAAUGUAAUAUGCUCCUUGAGUUUUGACAGGGAUGAAGACUACUUUGCAGCUGCUGGAGCUUCAAAGAAAAUAAAGAUAUUUGAGUUUAAUUCUCUCCUCAAUGAUUUUGUUGAUAUUCACUAUCCAGUGAUUGAGAUGUCAAACAAAUCAAAGAUCAGUUGUGUUUCCUGGAACAACUACAUCAAAAACUAUUUGGCCUCUACUGAUUAUGAUGGUGCAGUCAAGUUAUGGGAUGUUAGCACUGGUCAGGUUUUCUCUCAAUACAAUGAGCAUGAGAAGAGAGCAUGGUCCGUUGACUUUUCAAAAGUAUACCCCACUAAAUUAGCCAGUGGAAGUGAUGAUUGCUCUGUGAAACUGUGGAGCAUCAACGAGAAAAACUGUUUAGGAACUAUUAGGAGCCUUGCAAAUGUCUACUGUGUCCAGUUCUCUGCCCAUUCGACCCACUUACUGGCUUUUGGGUCUGCAGAUUACAGAACCUACUGUUAUGAUCUAAGAUAUGCUAAAACACCCUGGUGUGUAUUGGCCGGCCAUGGCAAAGCUGUAAGCUAUGUGAAAUUCUUGGAUUCAGAGACCCUUGUUUCUGCCUCCACUGACAACACUUUAAAACUAUGGGAUCUCAAGAGGAGUCUUUCUGCAAAUGCUUGCAGCUUAACAUUUACCGGCCAUACUAAUGAAAAGAUUGAUGUAGGCAUUGGAUCUUCAUCAUUUGCAAGAGGUGUCAUUGACCUUGUCUUGGGAUAUGUCACAAGCUUGGUGAUUGACCUGGCUAUUUCGAUAAAGGUUGAAGUGCCUGGGGCCGAGGGAAGCCAUCCAAAAUUGUUGACAAGGAUGAAGGUCUAGAAAAGUUUGAUGCUACAAAAUUAAGAAAGCUAAGACCAAGUUUCAAGCAAAACGAGGGCUCUGUUACUGCUGGCAAUGCUUCAAUCAUAAGUGAUGGUGCAGCUGCAUUAGUCCUAGUGAGUGGAGAGAAGGCACUUCAACUUGGAUUGCAAGUAAUUGCAAAGAUUCCAAUGAAUUGGAUUCCUAGUUCUAUUUUACUGUUGCUGAAACAUAGCUCAAAGAAGAUUAUCUUCGCAGGCACCUGAAUUCUUUACAACUGCUCCAGCCCUUGUGAUACCAAAAGCUAUUUCAAAUGCUAGUUUAGAUGCUUCUCAGAUUGAUUACUAUGAAAUAAAUGAAGCGUUUUCUGAAAGCCUUAACGUACAUGGUGGGGCUGUAUCAUUGGGACACCCAUUAGGAUGCAGUGGAGCUCAUAUCUUGGUCACAUUGUUAGGGGUAUUGAGACAUAAAAAGGGAAAGUACGGGGUUGGUGCCAUAUGCAACGGUGGCGGGGGAGCUUCUUCACUUGUUCUUGAGCUCAUGCCAAAUUAAUAUUGAAACAAGGAGAAAUUGAAAAACUGAUUGAUCCAAAGCUGGGAGGGGCCUAUGAUAUUACUCAGCUAAAAAGACUUGCCUUUGCUGCAUCACUUUGCAUAAGGCGACUCACAAAAUGGCGGCCUACCAUCACCAAGGGAUCAAAGAACCAGAAAGAAAAAAACAUAUAAAACUCUGCAGCAACAAUCUACUGCAGUAAUCUUGUUAUUCACUUUAAAGUUAAGUCUUCUGGCAACAACACCUCUGGCACUCUACAGAUUCCCUAGGUUGCUGUCAUGUUAGUCGAGAUGGUUUUUGGAACAGAAGUUCAAUAGCAAUGUGACAAGCGAAGUAGAAAAGGAUACUUAAGACUCCUUGAAAGUAGUAACUUUAUUUAUUUCUUUGUGUUGAAAGUAGUAACUUUUAACUAUGUUGAAUAUUUAAGACUCUUUGAAUACUUAAAGAAAAUUUUAUUGUUGAUGACAAUGUUGAAUGUUUUAAACUAAUUUGUGGAUUGUUAAUACAAUGUUGAAUGUUCUUA